AUGAGCAAAGCACCAACUCAGGAACAACUCGAUGAAUGGAAGGAAGCCUUUUCUUUAUAUGAUAAGAAGGGUAAUAGUACUGUUUCUUCUAGUAACCUUGGUGACCUCUUGAGAGGCCUUGGUCAAAACCCUACUCAAGCUGAAGUACAAUUUGAUAUUGAUUUUGGUACCUUCUUGUCUAUCCUCACGCGACCUGAUGGUUUUAAGCCCGCUGGCUCCUCUCAAGAAUUUAUUCAAGGAUUCCAAGUCUUUGAUAAGGAAGGAGAUGGUUAUAUCUCUGCUGGUGAAUUACGUUAUGUCUUGACUAACCUUGGUGAGAAAUUAACUGAUGAAGAAGUUAAUGAACUCUUGAAGGAAGUUGAAGUUGGCAAGGAUGGACGUAUUAAUUAUGUUGAUUUUGUUACCGUCGUUUUAUCAAACUAA